GGAGGGUUUACAUUGCUAUAAGGCAAUUCACCCAAAUUACCUCGGAAGUAUUACAAAUUACCUCGGAAACAGAUUUCUUAUCUCACAUCUGAUGCUAUAGGAUGUCGCAAACAUCCUUCCUUGAAGAUGUUGCCUGCUGGUCUGAAGCAGACUGCAAGGAGAGGUUCGCAGUCACUGUCCCAAAGUUACUUUCAUGUCUAGAGUCUUCCCCAUCAGUGGAAAAAGAGCUGAGCACCCUCAAAAUCUUGACGUCUUCUUUCCUGCCAUGUGUGUCUGUGGAAGAAGCCGAGACUGUGUUGUAUUCUAAACUUGUGCCAAAGGUGAGCAAGGAAUUCCUCCAGCUCCUUACUUCAGCUGAGAAAUUCUUGGCCGAUGCCUCGGUGCAUCUACAAGAAGUGAAACAAGAGAUCAGCACCAAGUUAAAAUUUGGCCUCGACAUCAUCCAGUGCAUUGAGAAGUGUGUGAACCAUGCUGGAGGGGCUGACUCCCUCCAUCUUCACAUGGUACACUCUCUGACACAGCCUGUGUUAGACGUGGUCAAGGGAACGUAUGGUCACUGUAAGGAGAGCUCUACAAUCUAUGGUGAUCUUAUAGUAGCUGUGUCAGACCAGCUGACAGCGCUGUUCAAGAGAGCACAUGCCCUUCAAAUGGUCUUCCUGUCCCUGCUUGAUAAUGUUGUCUUGACACAAGAUGCAGCUGAACAAGAAGUAGCAGACAUGGCAAUGGUCUGUCAUGAAUUGUUCCAUAUCAGUCAAGUUGUUGCAAGUUUGGAUGUCAAAAUCAUGGUCACGUCGUGGAAAACGUUAUCAAGGUUGAUAUGUCAACACAAGGUAUUGCUAGGCAACAGCCUUAAUGUCUCCAUGGUGAUCACAGGCCUUAGCAACAGUGUUGAGGCAGCAUACCAGUAUCUCUUCCAGUUGGCCCCAUCUGUGAGUCCCCAGGGUGAGAUGAUUUCAACUGGUGAUGAGAAGUCGUUUAUGAAGUCGGUGAAGAUCCUUGGUUUCCAAGUUAAGAUCUUAAUGGUCCUUGUCAAAGAGCUCCUUGAUUUGUUGGGAGAGUCUGCCAGAGCUUUGUAUAGUCUCCUUCUGCAUGUACACAGAUAUGUCCCUCCAUCUCUGACCGCUCAAAACAUUCCUCCUCCCUUCAUGAACGAGAUGAGAAAACAUGUACUGGGACCGAUGGACACUCUGGUCUCCUACCUCAUCGGGAACCAACACUUUCUUGAGAGCUUGACUUCGAGAGAAGAAACACUGUCAGAGAAUAACAUUCCACGCUGUCAGAUACAAGUGAUAAGUUUGCACUACAUUGCAAAAUCCAAUGAUGAUGUCCUUGAUAGGUGGAUGAACCAGCAACCUCCCUGUGGCUGUGAGUCUAUUAUACAAGCUACAUUUAAAUCUGUAGCUAACUGCUACCUAGAAUUGUGUUGCCCAGUUUCACUACCCGGGGUUCCAUGUAAUGGCAACUCAAACAGAGAUGUAGGACUAUAUGAAUACAUUGUCACAAGGGUCUCCGCUUUUGCAUGCAGUCUUCCUGUGCGCCAUUUUCCACAUAUGGAAAUGUGCCUCCUCACUAAUGUGCUAUCAUCUAACUUCCACUGCGCUCUACUGGCCAUUGAUGUUUGGUGCUUAGUUGCAAGAUAUGGUACGGCAGAAUUGUGCAGAAACCAUUGCAUCGCCCUGGGAAAGCUGCUCCUCCAACUUGAGGUCAACUCAGGUCCACAGUACCUUCACUUGUUGUUGUUGCUGAGAAGGAUAUUCCAGUUCUUGGCACCGGAACAUCAGGUUGAUUUUGUGCACGAGUUCCCCAUUUCCAAGUGCUGUCAUCUGUGGGCUACUUUACCAAUCUCCAGUCUGUCCCAAGAUCUGCUCAAGCCAACUGUGGAAAAGAUGAUCGAGUUCUGCAUAGAUCAAACACAGAAAUGGAACACAAGCAAAGCUAGAAAGUUAAAAGAUGCUAAACAAUUGUUUGGCUGCCUACGCUGUCUCCAAAAUCUCUUUAGCAAUACAUCUGUUGUCGAGCACUGCAUACCACCAAACCAGCGAGCUUCAGCCUUGAACCGUACAAUCGGGAUAUGGAAGUCUCUGCAGGUCGAAGAUGUGCUCAGGUUCCCCAUUCUACAGUCCUGUGUUACUGUGCUGACUGGCUUGACUCAACACAUGGUGCUAGAUCUCCAAACAGAGGAAUUGUUUCUGGUUUUAAACUUCCUCCAUUCCCUCCAAAAACAAGGAACAGCAGAUGCGAUACGAUUAUCAAUAUCUCAACUCCUCGCUGCCCUGGGAAAGAAAAAUAUUCCUCCGUCAUUCCAGCAGUCUCAGAUCCUGUCCACCUUGCCAGAAAUGUUUGCUCAGGUUUUAACAGACCCGUGCGUCAUGGUGAAGCAGCACGGGUUAGAAGCGUUCAGUCAGUUUGCUGAGGAGACGCCCCAUGAGGGGGUCGUGCCUGAAUGUCUCCAGCUUCAGGAGGGAAUCAAAGAUGUGAUUGUGGACUACUUAAAUAAGGUUCCUCACCAAACAAAAGAGCCAUUCAUUUUAGAAGAUUACCUGAAGAUGCAACAUGAAGCGUUAAAAAUCUGUGAUAGAUUAGCACCGCAACACAGGACAACAGGUAUGAGGACCAAAACGGAAUUCCCUGGGUCACCAAGACAGGAACCCCCAGCCAAACGAUCCAAACAGGAUCCCAGUGAGGUUGAAGACCGCUGCCGUGAGAUCCUUUCCCGUGUUCAGCAAGACCUUGGUGACCUUGCCGACCUCCAUCAUGCCAAUUCACUGCCGUGUUGGGUAUUUGAUGACCUCAAUGCCAUUCAGGUUCAGUUGACAAGUCUGCUAUGA